UUCCGCCGUCGGCGGUGGGUUGCAGGAGGAGUCCGCCUCCGCCCGCCGUCGCAAGCGUCGGAACUCGAGUGCGGGGUGUUGGUGACGUGUGUUAGUGAGCGUGGUCUGCUGGUGGUCUGUUGGUCGAAUAGCCCAGCCAUUUUCGGGUAGGCGAGAGUAAGAUCGGGUACCCUUCCGGGGGGUGAGUAGCCAAGAUCGGGUGCACCCGUUGGGAAUAGGGUCAGGGCCGGGUAGGGGCGGGCGUCGGCCAAUCAGAUUGCGCCAGGAGGGCGCUGCCGACUGUGUACAACAAGGCACUGCGGUUCGUUGUCGGUAACAACUCAGGAAAAAUCGCAUGACGUUCGGGUUCUCUGCACGAACAAGGACCCUUCCCGGUUGCCACAUGCACAUCAACCACCCCAUCUUGCCUGGCAGCACAAGAGGAGAUGAGGACCGCCUGCUCGGUGCUAUCCGGGUAAAACUGUAGCGCCGCUCUGGAGCCUCGCUUGAGUGUCGCGUACAGCGACGAGAAGAAACGGAGCAAACGGGUCUUCGCUACCUGCUCACUCGUCUGCGCAUAGCACAGCCACUGUCGUCGUCGUGGGAAGGGGUAUCGAAAACGGGGAGGGGGGGAGGGUAAAGGCUAGGUCACAAAAUGAAUGGAUGCGAGUUCAUUUGAUGCCUUCCUUCUGUCAUUUGGCCAUGAACACCAAUCCCAUGCCAGACGAAGAAUCUCUCUAGCAUCUUUUACUUGAUGCAACAUCGAUACUGGGGUGUUCUUUCAUGUACCUGCCAGCCACAUUUCACCCAAGUAAAGUUGAUAUCCUCACCGCUUUCUCUUCGGCGUUUUGCGGGAAAUUUUAUCGUCGUGUCGCGAUCGCCUUCCAACCCUUUGUGGUGCUCAGAUCUUUGUUGCCGCUAUCAAAAUCUUGGCAUACGCGAGAGAGCAGCGGCCAAUGCGACGGCCACACACGUGAGCAGCAGUACGCGAACGAUUCUAGCCCCCGUUGGAAGUCACAACAAACAGCGAUGGCCACGCCGUUUUCAGACCCCAAAAGUGGGUUUCUUGGCGGUGGGCGGGUACAGUAUACCGAAAAUUGGUCUGCAUCGAAACACAGCUACGCGAU